UAUCUCACCACCACCUCAUCUUCUGCGGCUUAUGGAAUUGCAAUUGGAAUAUUGGAAUAAUAAUCCGAUUUUAGUGUUAUUACUCGUAGACACGUGUUAAUCGCUAGUUGUAAUCGAUAAGGUGAUGCCAGAAAUUGAAUCUAAGUUGGCAGCCAUGACUGUAGGUGAAAUUUACACUUCAGAGAAAAGUGGCAGUGAUGAAAAUGGAGACGGAACUGAGGCUAAGCCCUUUAAAACCAUCCUUCAAGCGAUGAGGCUAGCAGGAAAAGAACCUUUUCCUACAAUAUACGUAGAUUCUAAAGAGGAAGGAAAGAAAUUUGAGGUGGCUGCCAAAUCCCAACUGAAGAAGAUACAGAAGAUCUGGGUCAGGGAAGUGCACAAGUCAGCCGACAAAGCAAAGAAAGACGCAGAUAAAGAGGCGGAAGCUGAACACAGGGUGAAGAACUUGGAAGAAGCUAAGAAGAUAAAAAUAGUAGAGGAUAAAUCGUUUCCUUCAGCCAAGCUGAUUAAAAUCCACCAUGCAACAGACAACAGAGACUCUCGAAUUAAAGUGUCUGGUUGGGUACAUCGUCUUAGAAGACAAGGCAAGUCGCUGAUGUUCAUAACAUUGCGAGACGGCACCGGUUUCUUGCAGUGUGUGCUCAACGACCUCUUGGUUCAAACUUACGAAGCUCUCGUCUUAUCCACUGAAUCGUCUGUCCUUCUUUAUGGCACACUCAAGAAAGUGCCAGAGGGCAAAAGUGCUCCCGGUGGACAUGAGCUGCAGGUGGACUUCUGGGAGCUAGUUGGUCUGGCCCCGCCCGGGGGAGCCGACAGUAUCCUCAACGAGGAGUCUCAUUCAGACAUUCAACUGGACAACCGACACAUCAUGAUCCGAGGGGAGAACACAUCAAGAAUUUUGAAGAUGCGGUCCGUAGUGAUGCAGGCUUUCCGAGACCACUACUUUGCCAAUGGUUACUGCGAGGUCACUCCCCCCACCCUGGUCCAGACGCAGGUGGAGGGAGGCUCUACUCUCUUCAAACUAGACUACUUUGGAGAAGAAGCCUUCCUUACACAGAGUUCUCAGCUCUAUUUAGAGACAUGUAUUCCUGCGCUGGGAGAUGUAUUCUGUAUUGCGCAGAGCUACAGAGCAGAACAGAGCAGAACCAGGCGUCACUUGGCUGAGUACACACACAUUGAAGCGGAAUGUCCCUUCAUUAGCUUUGACGACUUGUUGGAUCGGCUUGAAGAUUUGAUUUGUGACGUCGUAAAGAGAGUCCUUGAUUCACCGUAUGGUGAAAUCGUCUACCAACUCAACCCGGAAUUCAAAGCACCCAAGAAACCUUUCUUAAGAAUGAACUACGCAGACGCCAUCAAGUACUUGAAGGAGCACAACAUCACAAAAGACGAUGGUUCAUUUUAUGAAUUCGGAGAGGAUAUUCCCGAGAUGCCUGAGCGGAAGAUGACGGAUGCCAUCGGUCAGCCGAUCAUGCUUUGUCGGUUUCCAGCUGGCAUCAAGGCAUUCUAUAUGGCUCGCUGUACAGAAGACAAUAACCUCACCGAGUCUGUGGACGUGUUGCUCCCCAACGUAGGAGAGAUCGUAGGAGGAUCCAUGCGUCUGUGGGAUAGUGACGCCUUAUUGGACGGUUACAAGAGAGAAGGCAUUGACCCGGCCCCCUACUACUGGUACACUGAUCAGAGGAAGUACGGGACAUGUCCCCACGGAGGCUACGGUCUAGGUCUGGAGAGGUUCCUGUGUUGGUUGCUCAACCGCUACCACAUCCGCGAGGUCUGUCUCUACCCAAGAUUCCUGGAGAGAUGUCGUCCGUAGUCAAGUCAAACUUGACCAAUUCUUCCUUCACAAGCUUUUAUCAAGGGGGUCUUUGAAUUUAUCACAAAACCGGUUGUUGUGUACAGAAGUACGUGUAAGAAAUAUUUUUAAUUUAUUUUGCAUUUAAAACAUAUUAUAAUCAAUUUUCUUUAAGGUCGAUUAUUGAGAGGUGUUUUUCAUCCAUAUACACUGCUAAAACAUUUGUUUUCGCUGAUUUAAUUCCUUGCAAAAUCUGCUUGCGAUAUAAUGAUUUUUUAUUACGUUUAUUCCAAGUAACUUUUUCACACUAAGUAGGCCUAAACUUGGGUAAUUUUAGGUUUUUUUAAGUUCUUUGUAAACAAAAGAAUAUUGCAAUAAACAAUGAUCUGAAAACUAAA